UUGUGUGUUCCAAAUGGCCCCAUCUUUCCCCUCUUUCAAUAUGUUGCGGUACAAUGCUGUAAAAAAGGUUUCCUAUAGGUUAUGUUGUUGCCCUGCGGAUACCAAUCCUGGAGACAAUUUUCAAGCCACUUGCAAAAAAGGUUAUCGAGGAAGCAACCACAAGUCUCGUUACGAAAGUCUUUAAGCAACUUAUUUGUAUGCCUUCCUCAGCAAUGCAUUCAUCCACAAGCAAUAGAUACAUGAUGUCAAACCUCAAUGUUCCAGACACCCCACGCCGCCAGCAGUUGAUACGAAGGUCGCGUAGUGCCGACUCAGCGUUUUUACAGCCCACACGUACCCGAGAGUCCAAUACGACGCCGAUUAUAAUGCAAGAAAUCACUUGCUAUGGACACAUGAACAUCAUGCCUCAAGGUAUUAUGCAAGGAGUUGGGUACGUUGUGCUCAAUCAGGAAGGCUCGUCACCCAGCAUCCCAAGUCUUGUAUUUGUUGGUUUCAUUAUCUCUGCGCUCGGCUUCCUGUUGUUGAAACUACUGGAAUAACGAGGUUCCUCCCAAGUCGCCACGAAGGAUACUAGUACGCACGUAAAGCUGGGAUGAGGCAGGAGGAGGAAGGGAAGGGAAUUAUGAAUGCAGUUGCGUACCUCCCUAUGUAUUAGGUAAACCUGCAAUUUUCUGCGUUGGUGUUAAAAUCGAUCAUACUAUGGCAAAACAAAGCGGAAGCAACAAAAAGAAAUUCAGGGAUGGAAUAGCAAGGCAUUAGGACUGAUAGGUCUAAUACAUAGUACCUAAACGACUUUGAUAUCAGAUAGGAAUGGGUACCUAAAAGGUGGUCAUGAAGGUAGUUCGGAUUAGAACAAAAUUACGAUGGUUUACACUUGACCGUGUAUCAAAUACGCUGAUUGAGAAGAGUCUUUUCACGUGUUUCUCCAGAUUCAAGAACUCGUAGAAUUGAAUGUAAGCUCCCCAAGGAGAGAAACCCCUAUGUACUCAGG